AUGUCGGCCUCAACAAUGGAGACCGCCACCGCCUCCACCUCCUUCCCCGAUUCUUCUUCUCCUCGUUCCAGCCGCCUUCGUCGCUUCAGCCAGCUGCGUACCUACACCCAAAAUAUCUCGUCCGGUCAUCGCUCCCGUAAUAGUAUCAGCAGCCGAGUCCCUUGGUUGUCACCCUCGCCUGGCACCGAUUCCACAGUGACGCAGCGCCCCCCCUCGAGCUCCCACGGCCUCAGUGUUGACCAGGUCUCUUCUACCGACUCUUCGCACUCGACCCCUCCGAACGAGUCGCCCCAGUCGUCUCGGACAUCCAAUGUCAUGGCGCGGCUGAGAAGUGCCUCCGCUGUUCAAGGUCGCCCUCCCCGAAUGCUGGGCCAAAUUACCACCUCAGAUGCUCCCACUUCGUCGCCAGAGCCCGCUGCCGCUACACACGAGCCUCCGGAGCCGAUAGAUACACCUCCUAAUGAUGCACAAGAGGGAGACUCGAAUCAGCCGAAGCAGAAAGCCACCAUUCGAUUUUUUCCCUACCAAGACACCUAUCAGAGCUCCCGACCCUCCCUACCAUUCGUCCCAGUCACUCGCACUCUUCCGUCCGAAAGCUGCGUCGUUCGAGUCGGUCGGUAUUCAGAGCGUGAUGGUAUUCCCAUUCCCAACCCCGCCGAGCCCUCGGACGCCCCCGUCGGCUUCAAGUCAAAGGUCGUCAGCCGAAAACACUGCGAGUUCAUGUUCAUCAAUGGACAGUGGCAUGUCAAAGAUGUUGGGAGUUCCUCGGGAACAUUUUUGAACCAUAUGCGUCUCAGCCAGCCAAAUAUGGUCUCUCGUUUGUAUUCCAUCAAAGACGGCGAUAUUGUGCAGCUCGGUAUCGAUUUCCGGGGAGGAGAAGAAAUGAUCUUUCGCUGUGUGCGGAUUCGCAUCGAAUGCAAUAGAUCCUGGCAACAGCAGCCAAACGAGUUCAACAAAAACACCGAAAACCUCAUCCAAAACCUCGGUAAAGGAGAUAACGUGGACUACGCUGGCUGUCGUGAAUGCUCUAUCUGCCUUGGCUCCGUUUUACGGCCAUACCAGUGUUUGUUCAUGGCAGCUUGUGCUCACGUGUGGCAUUACAAAUGCAUUAGUCGCCUUCUUCACUCUCCCGAUUAUCCCAUGUUCCAAUGCCCCAACUGUCGGGCUUUUACAGACCUGAGUGCCGAGGUAGACGACUCGAAUGAUCAAGACGUUGAAGCAAAAAGGGCCGCAUCUGCAUCUGCCAAUGUAUCAGAGGCAGCCCGCUCCGAAACCCAGACCCCAGCAGAUGUACCAGCCCCAAACAACGAUGGGCAACAGCCACCCGCGCAAGAAAUGGGCCGCCCUGAAGAAAGUGAACUAGUCACCGAUGUUGAAAAUCUACACCUGCAGGAGGGUCAGCUGCUGAGCGCAGAUACCGAUAGUCGAGGCUCAAACUCGCCUGCUCCAGAUAGUAGCAGUAACGACUUGGCCCGUAGCGCGACAAUCAAUAUCCCUGGCUUUCAGCCCACACAGCCCCUUAAUGUUCCGCCCGGUCGAUCGUCACAUCUCCGCGCGGAUACCCCAGUUCGAUCGGAAACAUCAGAUGACAACCCGUUGACCCCACGAAAUGACUCCGGCCCUCUGGCAUUUGAUGGUCGUGCCACUAUGCAAUAA